UGAUAAUAUGCAUAAUAUACUGUCAAGUGCCAUGUACUGUGUAGUUUGUAAUAUAAAUUAUUGUUAAUGUAGUAUGAAAUACCCGCAAUUACAUUAGCGGUUAUGAAAGUUGGCAAUUGAGAUUAAAGUUGAAACGUCAAAGUGCAUUAUUCUGCAAUCUAGAAAUAUUUUCCAAUUAUAUUUAACACUACGUGUUACUGUAUAAUCUAGUUCAAAAGCAAUCCGAAGACGGUUUCAGUCUUAACUUUUAAGAAAAAUGGCACUAACCGAAGAAAAAGCAGUUGCUUCCGAAGGAGAUCAAGUCAAAUCAAAAAAACAAUUGAAAAAAGAAGAAAAACAAUCAGCUAAAGCUAUUAAAAAAGAUCAAUUGAAAGCAUCAAACUCAUCAAACAAUAAAGAACAAGAAUCUUCUGAAGAUGUAUCAACUGGAAAGUAUGGAGUUAUGGCCAUGAUUCAAAGUUCAGAAAAUAUGUCGAGCAGAGUUUUUGUGAAUGUGAAAAAUCUUAUGACUGCUCUAGCUGAUAACAGUGUUUGGAUACGAGGCAGACUUCAUACUAGUCGUGCUAAGGGCAAACAAUGCUUUAUGGUAGUUCGACAGCAACAAUGGUCUGUGCAAGUGUUAGCUGUAGUCUCUGAGACAAUUAGUAAACAGUUCAUAAAAUUUUGUUCCAAUAUUAGUAAGGAGUCUAUUGUGGAUAUAAAAGGAAAUGUUACGAAAACACCAACUAAAAUAGAUUCAUGUUCACAACAAGAUGUCGAAUUACAUAUUGAAGAGCUCUGGGUAGUCAGUCAAGCUGCAAAUCAGUUACCGCUACUUAUUGAAGAUGCUUCUAGACCCAUCAAAUUGGAUGAUGAUCAAGAUGGGUUAAAUAUUAAAGUCAACCAAGAUACAAGAUUGGACAAUAGAGUUAUUGAUUUGCGUACACCGGCUAAUCAAGCUAUUUUCCGUCUGGAAGCUGCUGUUUGUAAGCUAUUCCGAGACAUCCUAACAGACAAUGGGUUUGUUGAAAUACAUACACCGAAAUUGAUUAAUGCACCUAGUGAAGGAGGAGCAAAUGUAUUUACUGUAUCAUAUUUUAAAGGGUCGGCGUACCUGGCUCAGUCGCCACAGUUAUACAAGCAAAUGGCGAUUGCAGCUGAUUUCGACAGGGUAUUUACAGUAGGCGCUGUUUUUAGAGCUGAAGACAGUAACACCCAUAGACAUUUAACGGAAUUUGUUGGUUUGGACAUGGAAAUGGCUUUUAAGUAUCAUUAUCAUGAAGUGAUCGAUGUUAUAGGUUCAACAUUCACGCAAAUGUUUAAAGGACUUAGAGACAACUACAAAACAGAAAUACAAGAGGUCUGUCAACAGUACCAAGUAGAGCCUUUUAAAUUUUUGGAUCCACCACUUAAACUAGAAUUUCCUACAGCAAUUAAUCUUCUCCGUGAAGCUGGUGUAGAUGUUGGCUAUGAAGAUGAUUUGUCCACACCUAAUGAAAAAUUACUAGGAAGACUAAUCAAAGCUAAAUAUGACACUGAUUUCUAUAUUUUGGACAAAUAUCCACUUGUUGUGCGACCAUUCUAUACAAUGCCUGAUCCUGAAUCAAAAGUGGCGUCAAAUUCGUAUGAUAUGUUUAUGAGAGGCGAAGAAAUCUUAUCUGGGGCUCAAAGAAUACAUGAUCCUAAUUUCCUCACAGAAAGAGCUAAACAUCAUGGAGUUGAUGUAGAAAAAAUUGCAGCUUAUAUAGAUGCUUUCCGUUACGGUUGUCCACCACAUGCAGGAGGUGGUAUUGGUUUGGAGAGAGUGGUUAUGUUAUACUUGGGUUUGGAUAAUAUUAGAAAGACUUCGAUGUUUCCCAGAGACCCAAAGAGGCUUACACCAUAAAUAAAAAAUUAUCAAAGAUUGUUUAUUUUUAAUAGAAUUUAAGAAAUGUCUAAUAAUAAUAAAUUACGUAUUUAAAAAUAAAAUUAAUUGAAGAUGUACGUGUAAAACCAAAUAAAUGAUUUAAAUAAUUA